CAUCAUGUCGCAAACAGUUGGCAAGACCCGCCUUGCCUACUCCCGGGCAUGGCACUAUGUUGAUGCCGGCUCCGAUCCUCGUUCGCUCGGCCGCCUGGCCUCCGGCAUUGCCCUCGUUCUCAUGGGCAAGCACAAGCCUAUCUACGACCCGUCCACAGACUGCGGUGACUACGUGGUGGUCGCCGGCUGCCACGACCUGCGAACGACCGGCAAGAAGCGGUUCCAGAAGAAGUACUACACACACAACACACGGCCCGGUAGCUUGAAGAGCAUGACAAUGGAUCAAAUGUUUGCCAAAUGGGGCGGUGGUGAGGUUUUGCGACGCGCCGUGAAGGGAAUGCUGCCCAAGAACCGGCUUCAGGAUCCGCGGUUGGCACGGCUGAAGACUUUCGAGGGUCUCGCCCAUCCAUAUAAGGAGAACAUCGUCAAGUUCGGCAACCAAUCCGUCCUGGGUAACCUCCCCGAAGUGCAGGAAGCCCUCAAGGAAGCCAAGGAAGCCGAGACAUCAGCAUAA